AACGUACUUGUACUCCUGAUGAUAAGAGAUUACGUGUUUUUAUUCAAUGUGUGCAUUUCUAAAAUUUAAUAAAUAUUGGUUUAUUGUUACGACACGAAUGCAGGAUAAAUCUAAUCGUGUUUUACUCUAGUAAAAAUUGUUCGUCAUGUCUACUUGGGUAAAUGAGAACAGUGUUUCUUUUUUCCAACUCUUCUGUAUAAAAGUUGUAAAGUGCGGCCGUGUACCUCAGCAUAUAGCUUUUAUAAUGGAUGGGAAUCGUAGAUAUGCUAAAAAACACAGCGUACAAUGUAGUAAGGGGCACUCCGAAGGAUUCAAUAAACUCUCAGAAACAUUAAAGUGGUGUCUGGAUCUAGGUAUACCCGAGGUUACUGUCUAUGCAUUCAGCAUAGAGAACUUUAAAAGAACGGAAGAGGAGGUCAACGGCUUGAUGGAUUUGGCUAGAGACAAGUUCCAAAGGCUACUAGAUGAAAUCGACCAGAUAAACGAGUGGGGUGUGAGACUUCAUGUGGCCGGACGCCUGUCACUGCUCCCCGAUGACCUGCGGACACUGGUAGCCAAAGCUAUGCUCUUGACCAGGCAGAACAAUAAGCUGAGGCUCAACAUUGCUUACUCUUACACUUCCCGUGAUGAAAUCACUCGCGCAGCGUCGCAAGUUAUCGAAGGUGUAAGGAACAACGAGCUGACCGCUGAUGAUAUAGACGAGGAGCUCAUUUCGGAGACGUUAGAGCUGAGCCCGCCAGACCUCCUCGUCAGGACCUCGGGGGAGGUCAGGCUUUCAGACUUCAUGCUUUGGCAGAUCUCCGACACCGUGCUCUACUUCACCGACGUGCUCUGGCCAGAGUUCACCAUCUGGAGCCUGCUGGCCGCCAUCAUACAUUUCCAGAGACACGCCACGGAGCCCGCGCCGGAAAUAGACUUGAGCGACCGGAAGCGAGCGUUCACGGACAGGCUAGAGGACAAGCGGUGGAAGCAAUUGGAGAAAUAUAUUACGUAAUAAUAUUAUUUAGGGUUUAUUUAUAUUUAAUAGAAAUGUAAGGAUUGUAAACUGGUAUCCUGAAUCCCGUGUCGCAGAAUUGUCUACUUACUCAAUUCUUUGUUUGCGGUCGUGUAUUUAAGGUGCAGUAAGGUUCAGCCAGCUGAGUUUUUGAAAAAUCGUAGCGCUUUUUAGAUUACAAUACGGUUGCCAUAAAUUUAAUUAGCAAUCUUGAGGCCUUUUUCUAGUAAUUUCAUCGAUUCGAACCCAUCCUCCACUCCCUCGAACUAUAAUAAGCUCAGAGAGAUUGAGAGAAGAACCUGAACUUGCGACUCUUACGAGGCCUUAAUAAGAUAUCCG